UCCUCCUUUCUGUUCAGGUACUCUCCCCCUUUCUUCAGAUCCGGGAAGCCUUCCAGCUGGGGGCAGCAGGACACCCCCUCCCCCACACCCCCAGGAGAGGUACUGCUGUGAGAUCUGGAAUUCUGGCCAAAGCUGUUCCAAGACUGCUGGGGAGAGAGGGCCUCCCUCUCCCAUGAUCAUCUUGUGUGUCCUUUGUGAACCUUCAAGUCUAUUUGGUGACAAUGGUGCAAAGAGGUAAACAGGACUUUGCCCAGGUGUGCCAGGUUUGGAUGCCAGUACUGCAGGGGCUUUCUCUGCUGCUCCUUGUGAACCGGCAGAUGUGGUUCACAUGGUGAGAAAGAAUCCUACAGGCAAACACUCACUCUUUCUCCAGUGUCCCUGAAGAGGGGGUGGCCUGGGUGAUUCCCCACUUCUCCCUCACAAUGUCAUUGUUUAUAUCUGGACUGCCCCAAGAUGCUCCUCCCACUUUAUCCCCUUGGAAGCCAAACCACUUCAUAAGCUGUAUAAGGUCCACGCCCCAAGGACUGAGUGAUUGCAGAAACUGACCUUCUGUCUUUCUGGGACACCACGCUGGAGACCCAGUUAGGCUUUUCCAGGAAAGUGAGGCCACCAUGGCUCUGGAGAAGUCCCUGGUCCUGUUGCCACUGCUAGUUCUGGCGCUGCUGGUGCUGGGGUGGAUCCAGCCUUCCCUGGGCAAGGAAUCCCGGGCCAUGAAGUUCCAGCGGCAGCACAUGGACCCAGGCAGUUCCUCCAGCAGCAGCUCCACCUACUGCAACCAAAUGAUGAGGCGCCGGAAUAUGACAAACGGAUGGUGCAAGCCGGUGAACACCUUUGUGCAUGAACCCCUGGUAGAUGUCCAGGCCAUCUGCUUCCAGGAAAACGUCACCUGCAAGAAUGGGCAGACCAACUGCUAUAAGAGCAACUCGACCAUGCACAUCACAGACUGCCGCCUGACGGGCAGCUCCAAGUACCCCAACUGUGCAUACCGGACCAGCCAGAAGGAGAGACGCAUCAUUGUGGCUUGCGAGGGGAGCCCAUAUGUGCCAGUCCACUUCGAUGCUUCUGUGGGGGACUCCACCUAAGGUCAGAGCAGCGAGAUGCACCCCCACCUCAUCAUUUCGACACCCGCCUCUCCCCAAUUCCUUCCUUGCCCGGAAAGAAAUAACUCCAGUUAGGGCUCCUAUUCAACACACAUAUGCUUCCCUCUCCUGAGUCUGGCUCCUGCAUGCUUUUGGGGGUGAGGAGUGGGUUGUGAGGUGGGCUUCAUGUUUCACUGCUUCUUUCAAUAAAACAGUUGCAAACACCU